AUGGGUACUAUCAACAAUUUGAAGAUAGUAGGUAUCAAUUCCCAUUUAGAUAUGAAAGCAUUAGAAGGAAAGUCAAUAAUCGAGCUACAAGAUGCUAAUCGGGCUAUACCUGUUUCAACUACAAGAACUAUGCCUUUCCUAAAAGUUGGUUCUGAAACUUUUGACAGUAACCGUGCAUGGAGAAUAAUGUUAGCCAGUAUAAAGAUUGCUUUCUUGUCUGAUAAAAUAAAUUUACUCUUACCUUGUGGUCCUAUAGCAAUGCUGGUUGAUCAACUGACGAAUUGUCAAGGUUGGGUCUUCUUGUUGAGCUUAUUGGGCAUCAUACCUUUGGCAGAGCGUUUGAGUUGGGCCACCGAGCAACUGGUUUUCUACACCGGACCUACAGUUGGUAGCCUUCUUAAUGCUACUUUUGGCAAUGCAACAGAGUUAAUAAUCUCACUGUUUGCACUAAAGCAAGGCAUGUUACGUCUUGUGCAGCAGUCAUUACUAGGCUCAGUUUUGUCCAACAUGUUGCUCGUGCUAGGAUGUGCGCUUUUUUGUGGAGGAAUUGCUAAUCAUAAUAAGGAACAACUUUUUAACAAGUCAAAUGCUCGGAUGAAUGUGGGAUUGCUCUUGAUGGCAGUCAUGGCCAUAAGUUUCCCAACUGCUCUCCAUGUCACACAGACAGAAUUGGAUAUUGGGACAUCAAUAUUGGUCCUUUCAAGAUUUAGUAGUUGUAUAUUGCUUGUGGCAUAUGGCAUCUUUAUUAUUUUUCAGCUGACUAACCAUAAGCAAAACUAUGCACCCAUCAAAGAGAAAAAGAAUUUUCAGGAUGGUAGUCCAAUUGGGAAUCCGGGUGAUGAAGAAGCUGCAGAUAUUUCAAAAUGGGAAUCAAUCAUAUGGCUUGGCAUUUUGACUAUUUUAAUUUCAGUUCUUUCAGAAUAUUUGGUCAAUGCUAUAGAGGGUGCGUCUGUUGCGAUGGAUGUCCCAGUGACGUUCAUUAGCGUUAUUCUGCUCCCUAUUGUUGGAAAUGCAGCAGAACAUGCAAGUGCUAUCAUCUUUGCAGUCAAAGACAAACUUGACAUUUCUUUAGGAGUGGCGAUUGGAUCUUCAACACAAAUAUCCAUGUUUGUGAUGCCAUUUUGUGUGGUCGUCGGAUGGAUCAUUGGACGCCCAAUGGAUCUGAAUUUUGAAAUUUUUGAGACAUCAAGUCUUUUUAUGACGAUUCUGUUAGUAGCCUGCAUUUUACAGGAGGGAACAUCCAAUUACCUCAAAGGACUAAUGCUCUUGUUUUGUUAUACGAUUGUUGCUGCCAGUUUCUAUGUACAUGUCGAUCCUGCAUCUAUACGUGAGUUGUCACACCUCUUUUCAUCAACAUGCCAUUUGUAG